AUGUUCGAUUCGGCACGAGAGGAAUAUCGUAUCACAGGCCGCUACAAGGACAUUUUCAAAGUCUUCGACGGCAAAGAGGUCUCGCCGGAUGAAGUCGAAGAUGUCCUGAAAACACACGAGUGCGUGACCGACGCCGCCGUGACUGCGCGACCCGGCCGAAGAGGCGAUGGAUAUUCCGAACCCGUGGCCUAUGUGGUCUGCAGCAAAGCAGUUGACCAGCAGGAGCUUGCCAACUAUGUCGCUUCAAGUCUUUCGGCAUACAAGUCUCCAACAGGCGGUGUCAUCUUUUGCGAAAGUAUCCCACGAACAGGAUUUGGCAAAGUUUCUCGGCGAGAGCUCGAGCAGAUUCCACGAGCUUCUGCGCUCGAGUAUCUUGCGCCAGUCGUGGCUCUUGAUGGUCAUUAUAAGCUGCAGGUUUGA